CGGAGGUCGCGGCCGUUCCCGCUCGGUGCCGCCGCCGCGAUGUCGUGCCCGGCUCCGGAGCCCGACAGCGGGGCAGAGUCCCUCUCCUCGGAUGAAAAAGAGGUGACACCCAAUGGCUUGGAGGGGUCGGGAUCGGGAUCGGCCGAGGAGCACCCGGAGGGAGAAGCCAGCUCUGAAGACAGCUCCAGCAGCAGCUCGGAAGAGGAGUCAGAUGAAGAACAGGAGGAGAAGGAAUCCCCACCUUACUGCAAUGAGUCAGGAGGGAGCUGCUUGCUGUCCUGUGAGCACUGCAGGAAUGAAAAUGACCAGAAGGAGCAAGUGACCCCCAGGAGACUCGCUGGAGGACAAUUUAUGUAUGGAUUUUUGUAAUGUAAUGGCUUUGAGUUUGCAUUGUUCUCAUCAGGGUGCUUCAGUCUUUGGUUGAAGUGGGCAAACAGCUCAUUUGCUGCACAAACACGUUUGGAUUUAUACUGGAAGGGGCACACAAAUCCUUAAAAAUCACAGUUUAGAGCCUGUGCUGCCUCCAGAUCCCAGUCCAGGAGAGCUCCUGGGAGGGUUUUUCAGGCUGCUGCCUGGUCUGGGAUGACCUGCAGGCCCAUUUUUAUGUGCUGCUUUCAUCCUGCCCUGCUUCUCCCUCCCCUUUAACCCUGCAUUUUCCCUGGGAUGCAGCACUGCCCAUCCUCUGUCUGCCCUGGCGUGGUCCCUGUGGGAUGUCCCUGGCUGCUCUCCCUGCUGGGUUGAUGUGGGAUGUGACCCCAGCCCCGUGUGGCAGCAGCUCCUGGCACAGGAAGUUUUAUGCAAAAUGUUCCUUUCAUGCAAAACGUUCCUUUCCAGCUGAUUUGCUGAGGGCUGGGCCAUGGUUAAUGAAAAUACAACCCCCAAAUGAUCUGCUGUGAGAUCAGGAGCAGAGCAGAGCAGGCCCGAGCUUAAUAACAAAGGAGAGACUUUAUUAAAUUACUACUCCCAUAAAAGGGAAAAGAAAGAAAAAAAAAAAACCAAACACCACUAAAUCCAAAAUGGAAACCUU